AUGAAGCGGCUCGAACAUCAAGAUUCACUCGAUCAGGCCCUGACGGCUAUCGAGGAAAAACCGAGAUUGACAAUGGGUUCUCUUGGGCCUCGUGGGGAGCGUCUUGAGAGGUGGCACGAUGCGUAUGCUACUCGGUCGCAAGUCAGAGACUGGGUACCAGACAGUGGAACGGAUCGUUGUGUCUUGGAGAAGGAGAUGCUGGCUAUCACGAAAUACCAGAAAGCAAGAUCAUUCAUGAUCAUGUGA